AUGACCAUUUAUUAUCUGGGUUAUUUUAUAAUUAAUUAUGGAUCAUAUCGAGGUACUUCUGGACUUGGCUAUGAUUUUAAUUCUUACAAUGGUAUAGUAGGAACUGCUACCAUUAAUAAUACGAAUAUAUCUAUUCCUCUCGUUAUUCCUGUUGUCACUGCCUAUAAUGAUAGUUGGUCGAAACAUACUGGCUAUUUAAUUAUUCGUGAGGGAUAUAAAAGCCCAAAAUCAAUAUGUCGGGCAUCAAUACCAAAUUGUUAUGUAAAUAACGUAAUAAACUUUCCCUUUACUAAAAUUGAUAUAAACAAAUCAUCAACAUAUGAUUCCAUUGAGAUCGACGACACCAUAGGUCGCCUAAAUGCUACCCUUAAUAUUCGUACUGGACUUCAAAUAUACAUGUGUGACUAUGCUAAUAACAAUACUGUUUCUUAUGAUUGGGCUCGGCAACUCAGUGUGAUAGCAGCUAUUUCUAUUUCUGUGUUGGAAUACUUGUGUUAUGUUGCCAAUUAA